GGGAAGGGGAAGGGGAAGGAGGAGGAGGGGGAGGGGGAGAAGAAGGGGGAAGUUGAGAGGAAGAGGGGGAAGACAUAGGAGGGAAGAUGGACAAGAUGGGGAGCGGGAGGGGGGAGAGGAAGGCGGAGGGGAAGCGGAAGGGGAAGGAGAAGGAGGAGGAGGAGAAGGAGGGAGAGGAGGAGGAGGAAGUGGAGAGGAAGAGGGGGAAGACAGAGGAGGGGAAAACGGACAAGAAGGGGGAGGGGGAGGCGGAGGAGGAUGACAAGAUGGAAAAGAGGAAGGGGGAGGAGGAACGGGGGAGGGAGAAGGAGAAGCGAAGGAAAGGGGAGGAGAAGGCGAAAGAGGAUGAUGCACGGACCAGCAAAGCAUACGUCGAAACCAUUGUGUAAGACGAGUUAUAUGUAUAGGUUGUCGACGUUGACGAGCACGAAUGUA